CCCGCUGCGCGCACUUUGUGCUUCAUCUGUUCGUCAUUCACCUCGCACGUACGCUGUUUCGCGGUGAUUUGCUCGUUCCUUUUUUUUUCAUUUCCAACUGCGUUCGAUCACUGUGCAACUGCACGCGAAUAUCUCGCAUACCCGUCGUUCUAUCUGCUCUUCGGUACUCAACCCAGGCUCGCCCGACCCACGCAGAUUGACAAGAUGUCACUGUCAGAGUUCCGCAAGAAGAAGUUACUCUACGUCUUCAACACCUUUUUCGAUUGCAAUCAGAGUGGCGCGAUCGAUAAGAAGGAUCUCGACCUUGCUGUCCAACGAAUCAGCGAAUGCAGAGGCUGGACUCCUGACAAUCCCAAAGUUCAAAGCACGAGGGACAAUUUGCUCAAAAUGUGGGACGGUUUGAGGCAAAGGGCUGACGCCGAUCAAGAUGGACAAGUUAGUCGAGAGGAAUGGUAUUCACUCUGGGAAGAAUACGCGAAUGAUCCAUCGAACCCAUCCGAAUGGCAACAAACAUACAUGACAUUGAUGUUCCAGUUGUUCGAUGCGUCCGGUGACAAAUCCAUCGACGAGAGCGAGUUCUGUAACGUGUGCAGAUACCACGGCGUCCCGGAAGCCGAGGCCAAGGAGGCGUUCAAAAAACUGGGAGUCGGUCAGGAAAUAACCUGGGAGAAAUUCGCCAACCUCUGGAAGCAAUAUUUCUCCUCGGACGAGCCAGCCACAGCCGGAAACUUUAUUUUCGGGAAAACCUCGUUCUAACUCGCUCUCCAGUACCGUGGUAACCGAGAGACGUAUUAUUACCAUUUUCCUAUACGUCGCCAUUGUAUCGUCCAUUCGUCUGAUUUCUCUCGUGGUCAAUUUACCUCUAAUCAUUAAUAAUCACCGUUCGGGGGUUCUUCUUGUUUGACAACGAAAUAAAACGCAAAAAAAAACUUUUAUGAUUUUAUCGACGCUCGCGAAACGAUCGCGAUCAUUCGGCAAGCAGAAGUCUCUUCGCUCCUCGCCGUGUAAAUAAUCGUCCUCGUGGGUCCGGAGACGGGCAAAACCCUUACAUGAAUAAUCCUCUAC